AUCCAUCCCUCCCAUACACAACACUCCUACACUCAAAACACAACCCAAGACCAUGGCAUCACCCAUCACCAAGUUCGUAGCCCUAGCCACCCUCCUAGUGCUGGUGUCCAUGGCUCACGCCGCCAUCUACAGGACCACCAUCACGGAGACCGUAAUCAAUGAGGAGAGCCAGUCGCAGCAGCAGCGCUGCCAACAAGAGGUUCAAAGAAAGCCACUGGACUCAUGCCGCACGUACUUGCAGUAUGGGCAGGGUGGUAGGCUGCUCAUGGUCGGUACUGCCAGAAACCAAGGGCAGGUGCCGCAGGAGUGCUGCCAGCAGAUGAGGAAUGUGAGGGAGGAGUGCAGGUGCGAGGCUCUGAGGCAAAUGGUUAGAGAACAACAACAACAGCCUGGGCAGGGUGAAUUCCAGGGAGAAGAGCAAGAGGAGAUCCAACAAAGGGCUGAGAAUAUCCCGGACCAGUGUAAGCUGAGGCCACAGAGCUGCCAGAUCGGUGGUCGACGCAACUAAAGGGCGUAGCUAUAGCUGCGCAUGGUAGUAAAAUGCACCCUUCUUCACCCUUUGGUUAUGGGCCUUGGUCGCAGGCACAUGAUCAUGUGUGCUUACGUCUGUAGCUUUGAAGGGUUAAACUUAGUAAGUGUUUAAUAAAUGGAGGGUGCAUCUUUUAAUAAUAAUUACUCUCUCUCUC